UAUGAAAUUACAACUCUAGCGUUUUUAGGCGAMAAAAAUUCAGAAGAAUCAAAGAUCGCAACGAACUUGGUCCUUUCAUUAGUGGCUCAGAGGAAGAAUUUCAGUGUUGGAGCGCGAUGAUUUCCAAGACUACUUUGUUGCUGUUGCUGAUGAUGGUAGCAGUUUUAUGUGAAGGAGGAAGGAGACACCACUUCAGGACAAGAGCUAGAGACAAGGGAUGGAUGCAAAAUUUUACAGCCAACGUAACCUCAGGACAGUGUAGCAAGCGCACGGUGGUAAUGACCAAAACAAAUGGUGUGCUACGCUCCCCAGGGUACCCCCGUGGGUACGCCAAAGACCAACGCUGUACAUGGCACAUUGGUGUUCCACGCGGGUUUAGAAUUCGUCUGAGGUUUCGCCGUCAGUUUCAGAUACAAACUUCCGCYGGAUGUACCAAGGAUCGCGUGAUGCUUGCGCAGUCCAAGCAGUUUAGGAAUCCGCUAAUAUUUUGCGGUAACAGCAGACCUAAUGGAUUGUUAAUACCCAGCAACAAUCUGUGGGUUCGGUUUGAGUCUGACAGUAAGGGUUCUGCUAAGGGAUUCUUUGCUUCAUACACUGCGGUUGAUGAAAACGAAUGUGAAAAACCUGUUUGUACAUUCCCGAGUCUUUGUCGUAACAUGGUGGGUAGUUAUGCGUGUGACUGUCCUUACGGGUACGGUAACAAAGGAGGACGAAGGUCGACAAAGUGCAUAGAUAUUGAUGAAUGUAAARUAGGAACAGCUCGUUGUGAUCAUACGUGUGUCAAUACAGACGGUAGUUAUUAUUGCAUGUGUAGAAAGGGCUAUCGACUGGCUUCUGAUGGCAAACGAUGCCGAGCAGACAUGAAUGAGUGCCAGCAAGGAAUUGCAGGUUGCAGUCACUACUGCCGCAACACGCGAUCUUCCUUCCGUUGUUCCUGUCCCGCAGGAUAURUUCUCCACACCGACAAGAAAACCUGCUUUCCUGAGAUAACUUUUAACAGUCAGCAGUACUUGGCAUCUAUCAAAGAAAACUCCAAACUGGGCUCCCUUGUCACAACAGUAAGCGCCAACUCAUUCUUAAGCUCCAAGAAAAUGUAUUACCAGUUGUUGACCGAGAAUCUCCAAACGCCCACCAAAUUUACCAUUGAGCAAAAUUCUGGCAAAAUCUUGGUAAAUGGUGCGUUGGAUCGGGAGAAAUCAGCUGAUUMUCUUCUGGAAGUGACAGCGAGGUUCCAGAGUGUAAAUGGUUCUGGAACUCCUGGAAGCCUGGCGAGGACCUUCGUAAUCGUAAAUAUCUUGGACGAAAACGACCAUGCUCCGAUCUUUGUACAUCCGUCCUUCUACAUGAAAAUCCCGUGUAACGUGACUGUUGGGAAGAUCGUAUAUCGGGGCGUGCAGGCCAGCGACAACGACUCAGGAAACAAUGCAAAAAUCAAGUACAAGUUCCAAACRAAAACAUCAUAUUUCGCUAUUCUACCAAACACCGGAAGAAUUAGACUUCUGAAGAGCCUCAGACGCUUCUGCAACUCUGUUCCCGCCAAAACCUUCAGGUUAUCGAUUCUAGCACGUGAUCAAGGCGUGGUACMCAACAUGGCGCAUGCGUGGAUUCAGUUUCAUGUUCUGCCUCCAGGAAACUUGUCUCGAAGUGUGGCUCUGAUUCACGCGAAGUUUCUUGAUCCGGCCAAAACUGAUGACACCUUUACGAGGCACGUGCGCAACCCAUGGCAAUACCGUCAUCGGAAAGGAAAAUAAUAGAAACACCAACAGCGUGUAGUAGUAGUGCUUGACUAGAAUGCAUGGUACUUUGACGCGGAAUAGAAACAGAAAUCUUCCAAUACUAAGACAGAAUGUAAGUUUAGGUGGUAUGCACUAAGUGAUAGUAGGAUGUCGUGAGACAACGAGAUAGAAAUAUGCAUGGACAGAUGCAGGGGUUCAUUAUGAUAACGAGCAUACGGUUGGAUAGAAAUCUCUAAGAAUGGAAAGGUGGGCAAAGGAUUGUAGUUGGGAUAUCGGAUGGAUAGAUGAAUGAAGAAAUAUACAGCUAUUUCAAAAAGGUUGGUAAAGAUUUUGUCGCAUGUUGCAUCAUGCCUGAAAUGCACUAUGAGUGAUGUGAAUACAAUCAGCAAAAGGUCACAACGAUAUGGAAUUUUACCAACAUUUUACCAUAUUUUUUUCUGUAAUGACAUAUUUGCGAAUUCAACAUGCAACAUGCAGCAUGCAACAAACCCUUAGUCAACGUUUUUUGAAAUAGCUGCAGACGAAAACCGUUGUUUCGUACAGCAUAUAAGAGAGAGAGAGAGAGAGAGAGAGAUCAAGAGAGAUCAAGAGAAGAAGAAGAGAGAAAGAAAGAGAGAAAGAGGUGUCUUCUUUGUGCGUUAUUCUUUCUUCGACGUUGGUAUUUCUUAAGAAGAGUUCAUGAAUAAAUAUUAGGAGAAUAACAUAGAUAAAUAAGCUGCCAAUUAAGUACAGAAUGAUAGCGGAGAUUUCUUAUMUAAGAGACAGCAGUGUUGCAGAGUUUAAGGGUGUUUUGAGUAAAAAAUGUAUAGUUUUCAAUGCAAAAUUUUAGAUAGGGCGUAAUGUUUUUCAUCCCUAGUUUUUAUGGGAAAUAGAGUGCUUGAAUGCGUUGCAUGGCUGUUAAUCUAGUUUCUUAAGCAAAGUAAAGAAAGGCACGAAGUGUUCAAAAAAACUGUUAGUUGUCUGACAUACGACUGAGGACAUUACGCUUAAAGGAAAGGAAUGCAAAGUCUCGGGGCUUUCCAUGUGCAGUGAAUUAAGAAAGAGAAUAAGAUAAGGUGUCAGCUGAGAGUUGUAUAGUAUACAAAGUGUAAUUAGCUGUAAACAGAAACUUAUAAGGGAGUGUAAUUAACAUUAUACAUAACCGUGCUCUCGGAAUAUUCAGAUAUGCAAAUUAGGCGUUUUGAUACCAUAUUUGGAAUUUUGAGUUUGGUUUCAAUAUGGCCGCUUCUCGCUGAAUUUCCUGACUUUCAGAGGAGAUUUAAUGAAUCUUUUUAAUCGAAUAUUUGGGAUAUCUGCCUUUAAGAUUUGGUUUUGGGAAUUUUUGAAGCAUGCAAGAGGACGUGAAUAUUGUUGAGUAUUCCGAAGCAUAGUAUAAAAGAAAUGCAUGGCUGUUACACGUUUCAACCCCUUAUGAAUUUCUGCUGUAAAUAGAUGACGUGCAUUAAGAUGUAGUAAUAAUUAAAUGGCUAAUCUUUCUUUUUCUUGCAAAACGAGGCAAAUUCAUUAAGAGUCUUUAUAAUAAAACGAAAUAUUCAUUAGCCCUUUUUUAAAGGAAGGGAAAUAGAAGAGUGUGAUUGGAGAAGAUGGGAAGAUAAAGGAAGGGAAGAUAAGAACAGGAGAAAAGGGAAAAGUAGAGAAGAAACAGACAUUGGGAAGGGGAGUGGAGAAAAAGGGAGAAAAGAAAGAAACGAUAACUAAAAGAAUGGGAAGGGGAAAAGGGAAUGGAAAUCAAAGGGAAGGAGAGGGGAGGAAAAGACCUUUUUCGAUUCCCAAAUUACUGUACCCUGCGAGCAAAGUCGGUAAAGGAGACUGUGCUCGAAGGGUAAAAUUACUGCUGUGUUUUCUUGAUUACAGUCUUAUUUACUCAGGCUUAACCAAGCGGUAUCAGUGUCAAAAUAUUCACAUAUACCAACGGUAAAAUAAAG